AUGUCCAAACCGACCACUGCACCCACGAAUCUCACCCCACAAUUCUGCUUCAACACCCGCGUGCUUCGGGACUUCCUGCGCCUCUCCCGUGCCAGCAUAGACGACAGCAUAUCAACGAACCUCAACGCCCUACUCACACCAGCCUCGACAGCGCCCUUCGAUCCGUCCUCCACGUCGAUACGAAACCCGUCGCUACCGACAUCAUUAACUCGGGCGCCUAUACCGAAGGAGACGAGCCGGACAUUUAUACAUUCUGUUUUGUUCCCGAGCUGGCAGGCCCGCGCUGACGUGAUUUCAUACUGCACAAGCGUGGCGACAAGUCCGGAUCCCAACGAUCCGGACCUGAUCGAGCGAGAAGCCUUGAACAGACGGGACGCGGAACGGAUCGUGAAUGAGCGGCUCGAUCCGUAUUCGGGACGGUUUUUUCCAAGGGAGUCGCGGGCAGAAAUGCUGGCUGGGUUACUGAGGACCGAGAACGCCGUGGAGCAGAUCGUGCGGACUCGGACGUGGGGAGUCGUCCAGGACCGGUGCGAGGGCGUCGAUGAGGUGACGUGGGAUGAGGCUGUGGAUAAGUGGCGAGAGGGGAGGAGAUGA